AUGUUUUUUUGUAUUCCGUAUACAAACACACGUGGAUGGUUGGACUGAUCUUCGCCUUGGUGUAUCUCCAUGUGUGCUUCCCUGCAGCUCUCGGAAUGACAGGAGAGGGCUAUUCUCCGGCCCGACAAAUACGGAACCCCAUGCUGAGAGCUGUGUACAAUAGACUCCAGGAAGACCAGAGACAUCAGAAAGACAGACACGAUUACUGGUAUUCCAUCAACACUACAAUACUACCGGAAGGUUUGUGUAAUAAAGUCAUACAGUUUAACCAGGAUGAACAGACAGACCAGUUUCUGGACACCUGUUAUGAGAAGGCUGAUUGGAUAUUUACUCAGAUAGGCCACUCCCUCUCCAAGUCCCUGCUCAGCUGGUUCAUGACUGGAACGUCCGUUAAUGGGUUGUUACAUCGAGGCUCUAUGUUUGUCUUCUCUGAUUCUCAGCUUCAGCAACUCCUACAGAUUGAUGAUUCCUACAGGGGCCAGAGUAUGAUAGACCUAGGGGCAGGGGAUGGUAUGGUGACAGAAAAAAUGGCCAAAUAUUUUGAUACUGUAUAUACAACAGAAGUUUCAUUUGCUAUGAGAUGGCGCCUUCAGGGCAAAGGUUACAGGUUACUUGAUAUUGACGAAUGGGGUGAUGGCAGUAGGAAAUAUGAUUUGAUUGGUUGCCUCAAUUUAUUAGACCGAUGUGACAAGCCAAUCACAAUCCUCCAUACCAUCAAGAAGUCCCUGACCCCGUCUGGGCAAGCCAUUGUAGCAGUGGUGCUUCCCUUCCGUCCAUAUGUAGAACAAGGUUCCGCUGACCACAGACCUACAGAAAACAUAAGGAUAGAAGGAAAGACAUUUGAAGAACAGUGUAAAAAUUUCAUAGAGAGUGUAUUUGAGCCAGCAGGCUUUGUGGUGGAGAAGUUCACCAAACUGCCAUACUUAUGUGAAGGAGACAUGCACCAGUCCUUUUACAUGCUGCAAGAUGCUGUCUUUGUUCUGAAACUUAAAGAGGAUGGAUGAUUCUUCAUAAGAAUGUGUUAAUGUAUAUCACCAUUUUUUCAUGGAAGGGGCCAUGCAUUCAUAGUUCACUUUUUAAAGACAUGAAUAGUUGUUAAACAUGUAUUAUGUCUGAAUAAUUUAUUUCUUUAGUGUAUAUGUAUAUAAUUUUCCUUUUUGUUGACAAAAAAGAGGGUGUGCUUGAGUACACGAAAAAAAAAAUCAUUUUAUUGUGAUUGACAAAGGUACUUAUGUAUAUGUACAGCUGCUGAUGUAAUGGACUCUCUUAACAGAUAACGGUAGUCUCCUGCACAUGCUGUUAUGAGUGAAGGACCAAUGUGUAACAUCAUUGUAUCUCUAACUGGGAAGGACCAAUGUGUAACAUCAUCAUAUCUCUAACUGGGCUUGAACUUCAUUCAUUUUAAAAUGGCUUUAAAAUUUGAAGUAUGGUCCUAAUGCCAAUCUUUGUCAACCUUUGAGUUUUUUGUGAUGGAAUUUCAGUAGAAUAGAGGUUGGAAUUUUGUA